AUGGCUUUCAUUGAACCUGUGGUUGACGCACCUUCUAAUGUGGCAGCUGAGGCUAUGCCCGUGGAGAAGGACCUUGAAUUGCAACGACAAGAGGUUCACCCUAGCCUAAACAUUCAACAUGGCCUUGAAUUAUGGGAACGGGUCCGUGAAUAUGAUGCUAGAGCUGCAGCUGAAGCUAGUGCCACUAAAGAGGAAUUAUUGCCGGUUCUCACACGCAAUCAGAAGCAAAAGCUUAAGGCUGAUCUUACUAACCUUCAAGGAUGCUUCCAAGGUCCGUGGCUUUUUGUGGGGGACUUUAAUUUUAUUUUAGGUGCUCAUGAAAAACGAGGCAGGCGACCUCCGCCACCUUUGUCUUGUGAAGAUUUUUUAAACUGGACGAAUGCAAAUGUUUUACAUCAUCUCCCUACUUUGGGCUCUUUUUUCACUUGGUCUAAUGGUCGUUUCGGCAUGGAAAAUGUGGCCCUUCGCCUAGAUAGGGCAGUCUGUAAUGAGGUUUGGGUGAAUUUUUGGCGCCAAUCUACUUGCUCUGCUUUAGUUCGACAUCAGUCUGAUCAGCAUCCUCUUUUGCUCUCCCUUGUUUUCUCCUCUGUUCAACACGCCAGCCCUUUCAAAUUCUUUAAGGUUUGGACAUCACAUGUGGACUGUCGGAAUUUGGUGACUGAAGUUUGGUCUAAGGAGGUUAGAGGUAGGGGUAUGUUGCGGUUACAGGCUAAGCUCCGAAAUGUUAAAAAUUCUUUUAAGGCUUGGAAUCGCAAUGUUUUUGGUGAUGUAGAUAGACAAGUGAGACUAGCGGUGGAUGAAGUAAAUCGUAUUCAACUUUUAAUUGACACUGAAGGCUUUUCUGAUACUCUUUAUUUGCAGGAUUUAGAAGCACAAAUGCUCUUAACAAAUGCCUUAAAUGUACAGGAACAAUUUUGGAAGGAAAAGGCGCGCAACCAACAUUUUAUUCAGGGUGACCGUAACACUGCUUACUUUCACCGAGUAUCUAAAAUCCGGGCAGCCACCAACUCUAUUUCUUUGUUGCAAGAUGGUGAUAAUAUUCUCUCGGAGCCUUCGGAUAUAGAGUUGCAUAUUCUAUCUUACUUUCAGGGUAUUUUCAGCAUGGAUAAUAACUGUGGUCAGAAUACUUUAGUGGAUGAGAUCAUUCCAGCGCUAGUUACGGAGGAGGACAAUCAAAUGCUUAUGCGUUUUCCUUUGUCGAAUGAAAUCAAGGAAGCGGUUUUUGCUCUAAAUGCGGAUGGGGCACCAGGACCGGAUGGGUUUGGAGGUCAUUUUUACCAAACCUUUUGGGAUGUUGUGGGGAGUGUUGUGGUUCAAUCCAUUCAAGCAUUUUUCCUUCAUGGUUUGGUUCCUCUUAAUAUUAAUUCCAGCAUGAUUGUGUUGAUUCCAAAGAUUCAAGGCGCGCGGGCUAUGGGUGACUACCGUCCUAUUGCUCUUGCGAAUUUUCAGUUCAAAAUAAUAACUAAAAUUUUAGCUGAUAGGCUUGCUUGCAUAACGUCGCGCAUCAUAUCUGUUGAGCAGCGAGGUUUUGUUAGAGACCGUAAUAUUUCUGACUGUGUCAUUAUAGCAUCUGAGGCUAUCAACUCUCUUGAUAAACGCCAGUAUGGUGGUAAUAUAGCUAUUAAGGUUGACAUCUCCAAAGCUUUCGACACUCUAGAUUGGAAUUUCCUGAUUGAUGUGCUUAACAACUUCGGUUUCUCUGCUACUUUCAUCAACUGGAUACUUGCUAUUCUUCACUCUGCUCGUUUAUCCAUUUUAAUUAAUGGUAAUGCGGUUGGAUUUUUCUCUUGCACCCGUGGGGUUCAGCAGGGAGAUCCUCUUUCCCCUCUUUUAUUUUGUCUUGCAGAGGAGGUUCUUAGUAGAGCUAUUUCUAUCUCUUCUACCAGGGGGCGCCUUACUCCUAUCUCUUAUUGUCGGGGAUCUUUUAUUCCGACUCAUGUGCUGUAUGCAGACGAUAUUAUGAUUUUUUGCACAGGGCUGAAGAGUAAUAUUAGAGAGCUUCUCCGUAUUUCUCAGAGAUACUCAGAGGUGUCUGGUCAGGUUAUAAACAACGCAAAAAGCAGGUUCUAUACAGGAGCUAUGUCGGGAACUCGGACACACAUGAUUGCUUCUUUGCUGGGUUUCUCGGUGGGAACUGUUCCUUUUCAGUAUCUUGGUUGCACUAUUUUCCAAGGCAAACCAAAAGCAAUUCACUUCCGCGGGAUUAUCGAUAAAAUAAAAAAUAAAUUGGCAACUUGGAAAGGUCGUAUUUUGUCAAUUAUGGGACGGGUGCAGCUAGUUAAAUCAAUAAUUCAUGGCAUGCUUGUGUACUCUUUUCAUGUGUAUCUCUGGCCUAGAAGGUUAUUGCGGCUUUUGGACUCGUGGUUAGAAAAAUUCAUUUGGAGUGGUGAUGUUCAUACCAGGAAAGUUUGCACGGUGGCUUGGAAAGUUUUGUGUCGACCUUGGAAUGAAGGUGGGUUGGAUAUCAAGCCUACGCGUUUGAUUAAUGAAGCGCUAAUUCUUAAAUUGUCUUGGGAUUUACUUGCUACGGAUUCUCAAUGGUCUAACCUCUUAAAAUGGCGGUACUUCUCCAAUGUGGGCAGCGGUGAUAGCAUCAAUUUUUGGACGGAUAAUUGGUUAGGUGCUCCGUUGGUGGAGUUGUUGAAUUUAGACAAGGAAUUUCACGGUCAUCUCACAGGUAAACUUUCCGAAGCUAUUAUUAAUGGUGCCUUGUUAUUGCCUACGAUUAUAGCAGCUUCUGGUGACAUUCAGGCCCGAAUGGAUAGCAUCGUUUUACCCUCCAGUCCGCUGUCGGAUUUGUUUGUUUGGCAGCCUUCUUCUGAUGGCUCCCUUUCUUCCAAGCACGCCUUCGCUUUUUUGUGCCCGCGUGCCACUUUGGUGCCUUGGGCGGAAGUCAUUUGGAGUGCUGCCAAUCCGCCCUCUGUUUCUUUUCUUUAUUGGCGGAUUCAUCAUGGGAAAAUGCCCACUGACGACAACAUUCGAACCCAUGGAUGCAUUGUGAUGUCGGUUUGUAGUUUGUGCUUGCAAGAUUAUGAAACAACUGAGCAUCUUUUCCUUUCUUGCGCCUUUGCUUCCCGUCUUUGGGAUUUGAUUGGCUCUAGGCUGAAUCGUGUUGUUGACGCAUCCUCCUUUGAUUCCCUGCUGUCUUGUCGUCCAGCGAGUUGCUUCUCCCAAGUGGCCGACAUUUUUUUAGCAGCAAUCUUGCAUACUCUUCAUUCUAUUUGGUGGGCUCGCAAUGCUACCCGUUUCUCUGUGUUCCAGCCCUCAUUACACUCAGCUAAGGUACGUAUCCACUCUUCUAUUGCUUUGUCUGGGUCGGCCUCUAAAGGUAAAUGCAUGACUUCGGAUUACUCCUUUCUGGAUUCGUUCAUGGUGCCACAUCAUAACCGUCGUACCAAGGAUAUGCUAUUGGUUUUUUGGAAGGCGCCGUCCUCCCCUUGGUUAAAGGUUAACACGGAUGGCUCAGUGUUAGGAGGGCACGCUGCUUGUGGGGGUAUUUGUCGUGAUUAUCUGGGUACUUUUAGAGGAGCUUUUUGUUGUAAUAUUGGUAUUCAGUCCGUUUUUUAUUCGGAGGUGCUGGGUUUUAUUAUCGCUAUUGAGUUUGCAGCUUGUAAAGGGUGGCGGCACAUCUGGUUGGAAAGCGAUUCCACUAGCGCUUUGUUGGUUUUCUCUAACCCUUUGUUGGUUCCUAUUAUGCUUAGAAACAAAUGGCACAAUGCUCGUCGUCUCGGAGUUCAGGUUAUAGCAUCUCAUAUUUUUCGUGAAGGAAACUGUUGUGCAGACAAACUAGCCUCUUUGGGGCACUCCAGUGUUGGUCAAGUCUGGUUAGACAUCCUUCCUACUGAUUUGUAUCUAGAAUUCUUUCGGGAUCGAUGCAGGCUUCCUAAUUACAGGCUUCCUUAA